AUGAAGUGUUCAACUACUAAAAUUCCCCCUGCAAAAAUGAACAACUCAGCAGGAAAAGCCUCAGUAAAAUCUCCCAGGUUGAGAAAAUCCCAACAGAAGGGUGAAGAAAUUUGUCAGGUGUACUUUAUGCAGCUACGCUCUGGCCUUAUCAUAGAAAAAAAGGCUUGUUACUUUAGGAAAGAAACUACCAAAAGGCAUUCACCAAACUCAGCUGAAGAUUACAAUGAGCAAAAUCGGCUACUUACUACCUAUCAGACACGCCUGGAACGAUUUGGACAAUCGACAAGGGGCUUUGCCUUUAGUGCCCAAGGAAAUACUAGAACAAAGGAUGAAUCAUCAAGAAUCCUAGAGGUCAGAAGGGGCUCACAACUGUGUUCUCCAGGACUAUUGCAAGUCUCAGAACAACUCCACACCUUACAGACGGAGCGUUGUGUUUCCCUGAGCACAUACAAUGAUCAAUCCAUUACUUUUGUUUUUUCGGAUGGAGGUUACGAGAUCUAUAUUGAAGAGUUGAGGGGAAAAGAUGAGAAAGACAAAGUAUUAUUCCAUUACUAUAACUCACAGUCAUCUGCAAGUGAAACAGGUGAUGAUGUUGAUGGUCACAAAUUAAUGGUAAGAAUAAGUCCUGCAAAUAACAAAGACUUCUUGCUGCAUGCCAACAACAAGGAGCACUCUGUAGAGCUACAAAAAUAUGAAAACUCGUUGCCAGACCAGACUUUAUUUCUUCUUCAUACAGAGCUCGGGCCCUCGUCAUGUGUUUCCUUUGAAUGUAUGAACAAUCCCGGAUUGUUUAUAGGAGUAGAGAAUAACCAUCUUAGUCUAAUUAAUUUAAAGGACAAAACUGACCAUUUAAUAAGAGAGAAUAUCAGAUUUAAGCUCUCUUAA